GCUGCCCCGGACCUCCGCGCGCCCCGGGAUCCCCGCGCGCUCUCACAAGCCCCCGGCGCGGCCAACCCGGCUGCGCGCCCUGGUGAGGGGGCUCCGCCCCAGAGGGUCCCCCCUCUCCCAACAUCGGAGCCCCGCCCCAGAGGGACCCCCGGGUCCGGCAGGGACAUCCAGCCACGCCCCAGAGGGCUCCCAGCAUCCCGUGGCUGGAGCCCCGCGCUCCAGAAGAACCUCCGUGCCCAGCUGGGGGCUCCCCGCCCCGCGGAGGGGGCGCCGCCCAGAGGGUCCCCCGCGCCCCGCGGGCCCCGGCAGGAUGCACGCCGCCCUGGCGGGGCCGCUGCUCGCCGCCCUCCUGGCCACCGCCCGCGCCCGCCCGCAGCCGCCGGACGGAGGACAGUGCCGGCCGCCCGGAUCGCAGAGGGACCUCAACUCCUUCCUGUGGACCAUCCGGCGUGAUCCCCCAGCCUACCUGUUUGGCACCAUCCACGUGCCCUACACCCGCGUCUGGGACUUCAUCCCCGACAACUCCAAGGCAGCCUUCCAGGCCAGUGCCCGCGUCUACUUUGAGCUGGACCUCACCGACCCCUACACCAUCUCGGCACUAGCCAGUUGCCAGCUGCUGCCGCACGGCGAGAACCUGCAGGACGUGCUACCCCGGGAGCUCUACUGGCGGCUGAAGCGCCACCUGGACUACGUGAAGCUGAUGAUGCCCUCGUGGAUGACGCCGGCCCAGCGCGGCAAGGGGCUCUAUGCCGAUUACUUGUUCAAUGCCAUCGCGGGCAACUGGGAGCGCAAGAGGCCCGUGUGGGUGAUGCUCAUGGUCAACUCACUCACCGAGACUGACGUGCGCUCCCGAGGGGUGCCCGUGCUGGACCUCUACCUGGCCCAGCAGGCCGAGAAGAUGAGGAAGAGCACGGGCGCUGUGGAGCGGGUGGAGGAGCAGUGCCAUCCACUCAACGGCCUCAACUUCUCCCAGGUUCUGUUUGCGCUGAACCAGACGCUGCUACAGCACGAGAGCGUGCGGGCCGGGAGCCUGCAGGCGCCUUAUACCACCGAGGACCUCAUCAAACACUACAAUUGCGGGGACCUCAACGCCGUCAUCUUCAACCACGACACAUCCCAGCUGCCCAACUUCAUCAACACCACCCUCCCACCACACGAGCAGGUGACAGCCCAGGAAAUCGACAGCUACUUCCGGCAGGAGCUCAUCUACAAGAGGAACGAGCGCAUGGGCAGAAGGGUCCUGGCACUGCUGCAGGAGAACCAGGACAAGAUCUGCUUCUUCGCCUUCGGAGCAGGUCAUUUUCUGGGGAACAACACAGUCAUCGACGUCCUUCGCCAGGGGGGCUUGGAGGUGGAGCACACACCCGCGGGGCAGACGGUCCACAGCCCUGCUGCCCAGAGCCCAGCACCCGCUCCUGAGGGGACCUCGGCAAGCCCAGCCCCAGUGACCCCCACUGCUGCCAUACCAGCAGCGCCCUCGGCGACCCCCACCAGCCCACCUGAGGAGGAGGACCCCGGCCUGUCCGCACACCUCCUGCUCCCCGACAGCCUCAGCCAGCUGGAGGAGUUUGGGAGACAGAAGAAGUGGCACAAGAGACAGAACAAGCACUCACGGCCGCGCCAGUUCAACGACCUCUGGGUCCGUCUGGAGGACAGCACCACCGGCUCGCCGCCCCCGCUGCCACUGCAGCCCACACACAGCCCUGGGACCGCCGAGCCCCCCUUACAGCUCCCGGACCAGCUCCCACAGCAGGAAGGGCGGGGGCCCACCGACAGCUCCGCACAGGGCGCCCAGCCCGCCCUGGGCCUCGUCCAUGCCUGCGCCGCCAGCCUUCUGCUGCGUACUCUCGGGCCCUCGUGACCAAGGCCUCGGGUGGGGAGAGAAGCCAGAGAAACUGUGGGGGAGGGUCUACAGCCACACCCCACUGCUCCUGCCGCCACCUCCAGGGGAACCUGACACCUCACGGCAGUCCAGACGGGAUCCGUUAGAACACUAGAGCUUUAUGUACCUGAGAUACAUCUUCUUUUUUGUAGAAGGAUCUUUAUUUCCCAUAGUGCUAUGGGGCUCUUUUGUAAAAUAUGUCCAUAUUAAAAGAGAAAAAUGUAUUUAUUCUACCGAUAAAACUAUUUUCAUGUGGCCUAUGUGAUUAACUCCUUAAAUGAGCCCCAGUGCCACCCCAGGGGAUGAACCCAGGUUGUCAGGACAUCCAAGGCCUCGGGAAGACUGGCUUGGAGUGAGUUUGCUCCUGGGUCAGCAGAAGCUUCUGGAAUCCAGGUUUGACUUCUCUGCAUGGUGGGGCCUUCAGAGGGAGGCUUCACUUCUGUGAAGCUGGACAUGGGAGCCAGAGAGAUGAAUGCUCCAGUCCUUCCCUCGCCGUGUGCAUCCUGGGACUGGGGAGAGACUCUGGGGAUGAGAAUGCUGCUAUUGGGAAGCCCUGAGCAUCCCUGAGUGUCCAGAGCAAUCAGGAAGGGCUUCUACCAAAGGCCUGGGGCAGGGAAGACGCUAAGGGAGGGAAGUAGUUCUCCAAUCUCACAUGUCAGAUGGGUGAACUGGGAUCCUGAAAGAGAAAGGAGGUGGCCAAGGUCAUGGUGGAAGGUGAGGAAUCUGGACGUGAGUCAUAAACUCUGUCCUGUGCUACAGGUCCAGCUUGGGUUCCAGGAGAAGCCAUUGAGGUCUGGUGAGCUGGACGGGGUGGGAAUGGAAGGAGAAGGGCCAGCUCAGGUCAGGGCCUUGUUUGUGAUACAGUGUCUCAGAGCUGCCCUCUCUACCACUGUGUGUUCCCAUUUCACAGAUGAAGAAUCAGAGCCCCUUUGAGAGGGAAAGAGACUUGCCCAUGGUCACCCAGCCAGGAAACAGUACUAUUAGCAUGACUUAGACCACAACUGUCCCCCCACACCCCCACGCCAAACUGUUCAGCCAAGGGAGGACACAGCUACUUCUCCCACCGAGAUCCCAUUUGCCAGGGCCUUAUGUUGUACAGGGCCUUGGCAAUGGGAGGAACCCUAUGUCCACCCCUCAACUUGUUAUACCCCUGCCAAAUCAGAGGCUUGAGCAGGGGAUGUUAUGGGAAUAGGCGAGAGAGGUGGCAGCCAAGUAGAGACCUGGAGUAACAAGCUUCUCUACCCCCAAGGCCCAAGGCCGAGCAGGCAGAGGACCAGGUUGGUCCACUCCCAAGCGAAACCCUACAGGUCUGGUGACUCGUCAUGAGCCUGAACAGCAAGGAGCCAACACUUGACAGUUAAUAGCAGUAAAUGCAAUAAUAAGGCCUUGGAGAGGGAAAGCGUUUCCCCAAGGCAGCACAGCUGGUCAGGUCUGCUGGCCCCAUGGAGUGCCAGAACUCCUACUUCAUUGUUUCCCAGGUUUCCCUGGCAAGCCUGGUGGUGACUGACUGGACCCCAGUGUCAUUGAGCCCAGCAUGGUGACUGUUUCUGAGUUGAGAUGGUAGAAUCUGGGCUGUUUGUUUGAUGGUCAGAAGACCUAGGGGCAUCUCGGCGGGCAGCUGAGCUCUCUUUAGCUCAACUCAGGAUGGAUGGGUUUGAACUUGAAUCCUGGCACGAGCCCUGAAUUCUGUUUCAGAGGGUCCAGCCAGCCCUGUGGGCACCAGGCAGUAAACUGAACUUGACCUCAGUCAAGUCUGGCGUCCAUUUACCCUUGGCAGAAAAGUGACUUCCUUUUUCCGAGCGGGAAGGGGCUUAGCUUGACUUGAAAGCGGGCUGUGAGAGCCUGCUGGCCAUCAGGCAGCUGGUACAGAGCCUUAUUGGGAUGAGAUAAGUGUAAAGGAAUUAGAAGCACACUGGCCAGAUUUCCCUCUGUUUGGGGCCGAGUGUGGCAUGAGAUGUAUUGAGAUGCAGCUUGAGGUUAAUUAAAGAUGAAGCGUUUGGGUAAACAGCCCGGGCACCUGACCGCGUGCCCAGAUCUGUGCCAGGCUUGGAGCCAAGGAGGUAAAUUAACUCAGUGUGUGAUUAUGUAGCCCAGGCCAUGCCAGGCUCUGUUGGGGCUGGAUCUAGCUGCCUUUCCUGGCCUAGAGGAACGAACUCAUCGUCGAGCUAGAACAAGCAGCCCUAUGCUAGAUGCCCAGAAGGAACUGGGAAGGUAUUCUUGUCCAAGGCCUCAUCUUCCUGGAAUCCUGCCCCUGGGUGCAUUGGGGAAAUCCUAACUCUCCAAUUGCAUAUGGAACAGCGAAGGCCCAGGGAAGUCAGACAGGCGCAGCCUGAGUGUGUUGACCACUGGGUCCACCCGUCAGCCAGAGUUGUAGAGAACUGAGCUUGCUAGCUUUGGUUCACCAGAAGCCCAGGGCACAGACACAUAUGGCACAUCUGCAUGGAAGAGGCGCAUAGCUCCUGUCCUGGUCAGGGAGCCCCCAUUCCGUCAGCAGCCCCUCACGCCCUUGGGAAUAAUCUGCCUGCCGCUGCUGACGUUUCCCAGCGUGUUCUUUGUGCUUAACCUCACAAAAUGCUCUCCCCCUGCUUCUGUUGUUUUGGAGAAUCGGGCUUUCACAUUUGGCCCAGAGGCCAGCAGGAGGACGCAGGAUGAGAGCCAACAGGCUAAGAGACCUGCCCUGCCUAGGCAGUGGUUCAUGGUGACCCUGGGCCCCAAGCUCUCAGGAACACAGACAGAAUGCUCGAAGGCUUUCUGGACCAGUUAGCCAGCCAGGUAAAGCUGGGACAGGGGCCGUCAACUGUGUGCCCAGCAGGGGACGGGGCUCACAGCCUGAGCCCCAAGUCCAGAGUGGAGGAAACACAGAAGCUGAACCAGCCAACCUUGCCUUCCUACUGCGAUGCCGUAAGUGGCUUUCCUGCCCCCAGGAUUCUGCUAUGUCCUGCUUCAGCUGGCCAGGGGCACUGCCCAGUCUCCAGCCCUAUAUCUCUUCAAAUAGGCCCAAGAGACAAAUCCUUUUCCCAAAGGAAAGUUUGUGGAAAAUACCCCGAAGGCCAGAAGCCAUUCUCUGGGGAUCGGUCGCAGUAUCUGUGGGAUUCUGUGGCUGAGAACUAGAGCCAGGGAUAGUUUCCAGGACCAUGGGGUGAAAAUCACCUUUCUCAGCUCUCCCACUUUGAGCCUGGUGUACUGAGUCAGGCCAGCUCUUUCCAGGACAAGCUCUUUGACACAUGCCCAGUCUAGAAACUUCCAUCUUUCUCCCCAUAAUCUCAUACUCUGAGCAUCAAUCCAGAUAGCAUCUGCUCCAGGUAGCCUCCUGUGGUUCCUUUAUGCUUUCUAAAAACCAGUAGUCAAUCUAAUAGCAUCUGCUCCCCUAGGGAACCAAGUGCUCCCUAGCUGGGGUUAUGUGAAUGCAUCUUUACAUUCUCAUCUAUGAAAAUUGUGCUCAGAGAUGUGUGGAAA